AUGGCACACCACUCAAGUCAAGUUUCUGCUGAUUUAAUCUGGGAGAUCGUUCGUCCCCAAAACUCGUUCCUAGUUAAGCGCGCAUCCAGUGGAGGUAUUCAGUUUUCUCGUGAUCCUCUCAAUUUAAAGAACGUUCAUUCUCGGAAAUACGCAGGAUUUGUCAAUGACAAGGCUGUCGGGAUUUUACCGGCUGAAGGAGACAAAGGGGGCGUAACUUUAGUCACCAAAAAGCCCAAACACUCGCAGAAACCAGCGAGUGCCUUAUCAAAGACAACUUUUGGGGGCCAUAAAUCUACAAGAAAGACAUACAAAGGUGUUGUGAAUACCACCGUCAAAUUCGGCUACAGAUCUGACCUCAGAGUUGAGGCUAUUGCUCGCGCAUCUGCUCUACGCCAAGCUCAGAAACCUAAGAAAAAUGCUCCAGAGGCAAAGCUACGUGGCGCAAAGGCUUUGAAAGCAAGUAUUGUAAAAGACGAGUAA